AUGUGGCUCCUCCACACGGCCACGGCGCACCUGCGCUGCUUCAAUAGUCCUGAAGAAGUUCCUGGGGGUUACGCCAUCCUUUCCCAUGUAUGGGACUCACCGGAUCAAGAGGACACCUUUCAAAGCGUCCGGAACCUCGCACCUGCAACGGUCCCCCGGGAUCUCUUAUCGGCCAAGAUCCGCGACUUCCUGGUUUUCGCCGAGACUGAUGGCCACGAGUGGGCAUGGGUCGACACCUGCUGCAUCGACAAAACGAGCAGUGCCGAGCUGACUGAAGCGAUCAACUCCAUGUUUCGGUACUACGCGCUCUCGAGCGUCUGCUACGCCUACCUCAACGACGUCGCGGCGGACACCUGGGAUCGUCUAGACACCUAUAAAAACCGCACGGGCUUCCAGCUGAGCAAGUGGCACUCGCGUGGAUGGACACUACAAGAGCUUCUCGCCCCACGCACCGUCGUGUUCUUCACAUGCGACUGGACACCCAUCGGCACCAAGUACGAGCUUGCGGAGCUGCUUGAGGGCACCACGGGUAUCCCCAUCGCUGUUCUCCGGUUUGAGCGAGGGAUCUCGGAGAUGAGCGUGGCAGCGCGCAUGUCCUGGGCCUCUCAACGCACGACAACGAGGGUCGAAGACGAGACAUACUGUUUGUUUGGGUUGUUCGGGAUCAACAUGCCGACAGUGUACGGCGAGGGUCGUGGCGCGUUCUACCGCUUCCAGGAAGAGCUCAUGAAAAGGACCGCGGAUACAUCCCUCUUUGCGUGGGGGAGAACUAUGUGCAUCUUGAAGCUAGGGGAAGUCAUCCCGGAUCCCCGAGGGCAUGAUCGACACGCCGAGUCGGCUUCUGACCCGGCGCACCACCUCUUCGCUCCAGCACCCGUGUACUUCAGAGGCUCUGGGAACAUCAUCUUCGAAGAUAGAGGCGUCUCUUCCGUCUCGACACCCCACGAAGCACAUGGCGAGUCUUUCGGAGCUUCCGAUCCUGGCGCAAUUGAAGUCCCGCACUUCGCCGUAACCGCACACGGCGCGCACGCCACCAUCCCCAUCAUCGAGAUCACUCCGACAUUCGCCGUCGCCGACCUGUUCUGCUCACAAGAUCACAGGCCGCUAUACCUUAUCCUCCACCGUUCCUCGACGAACGCUACCGUACGCGGUUGCGCGCUUUACACCUGUGGACUCCCUGCGUUCAGGCCCUUUAGGCUACCCUGCCGCCUCGCCACCCCGCGCGACCCUCUCUCCUUCCUCUCUCCAACCCCAGAAACCACAUGGCGAAUGACGGACGUCUACAUUUCAUCGCGCCCGAGCGCGCAGUCUCUCUACCGAACACCAGAGCUCUGGACACGCGUCACCCACCUCCGCGACAACCUCUCCGCGCCCUUCCACAUCCGCCCCCCCGUGCUCGCCGCAGCCGCCGCUACGGCUUGGAACCUCGUCGACGCGACGGACCUCCCUGCCGCCUGGAACGGCGUGCCCCCGCUUGUCCUGGUGUUCGAGCACCGCGCAGUGCACAACCGGCUCUCCCUCGUCCUCGGGCGCUGCGACGGCCGCUCCUCAGCCCUCCCCGCCCCCUGCGCGGGACCAGCCGCGGCGCGCCCGCACUUCGCGUUCGUGCGCUUCCACACGUGGCCGCACCGCGAUCCGCUCGCGGGGGUCUUCGCGCACUCCUGCGGCACGGACCACAUCGAGGGCUGGGCGGAUGGCACGCGCGCGUUCGAGGGCCUGUCGUGGAGGCCGGGCAUCUGUCUGAGCACACAGGACGCGUUGCGGGUGCAGAUGAAGUUCCGGCGAAGCCCGCUGGGUGCGCGGGGCGAGACGUUGGACCUCGAGUUUGAGGUGGGCUGGGGGGAAGGCCCGCGGCGGGACAUCCCGUUCAUGCGCGCGCGCAUCGCGGGGUCCACAUUCUCCCCACGCGGCGUGCGCGCGAGGUAG